CGGGAAGUUGUCAGUAAUCAUUUUUACGGCUACCCAUGGUUUAGAGAUGUAUAUAUAGUCUAUCGUCGUAGUCGGGGCUCGCUCUUCGGAGAUAGAGGCAUGGUCAUAUCGUAAUUAUGUCCGAACCUAAAGAACCGGUCGCGAUCUAGUAAAAGCAGCAAGGACUAUUGGCCGGGGAUACGUUUUGGAUAUCCAUUCCAUGCUACAUAUGUGAUGAAGGGAAGCCGUGGAAUCCGGCUUGUGUAAAUGCCGCCCCGAAUAUAAAAGACGGCCGUCAUCAUUACUACGAACCUUGUCAUCCUCACUUCUCAUCCAUUCUAACUAAACCAACUAUACGUAAAGUUCCCCUCGGUUUUAACAAUGGCCUCGGAUAAGAAGAUUAUUCUGAUCACCGGUGGUAACACCGGGCUAGGUUACGAAGCCGUUAAGGCUCUGUACCAGACCGAUAUUCCAUAUGAGAUCAUCAUCGGUUGCCGAACCGUAUCGAAGGGCGAGACUGCUAUCGAGGCGCUUAAGAAGGAAACCCCGCAAUCGCCUUCGUCGCUCAGUACCCUGCCGGUUGAUCUUAACUCCGAUGAAUCACUUGAGAAAGCCGUAGAGACGCUUACGGCGAAAUACGGCCGUCUAGAUGUUUUGAUUAAUAACGGCGGCGGUAGCUUCGAUACCGAAAUCGCGGAAGGUCGGAUGUCGCUGCGCGAGGGGUUUAACGCGACGUGGGAUACUAAUGUUACCGGUACCCACGUACUAACCACGCUUUCAGUCCCCUUGCUUCUGAAGUCUUCGGAUCCCCGGCUUAUGUUUAUUACUAGUGGUACUAGUUCUAUGACGGAGUCGGAGAGCGUGGCGAAUGCGAAUUUGUUGCGUAUUAAUGCUAGUCCGGCAGCUGGCUGGCCGAAGGAAGCGUUUAAACUUGCGCUUACUGGGUAUAGGUCUGCGAAGACCGGGUUGAAUAUGUUGAUGCGGGAGUGGGCGCGGAUUUUGAAGAAUGAUGGGGUUAAGGUUUGGGCGAUUUCGCCGGGGUUUCUUGCUACGGGGUUGACGGGGGCUGGGGCGGAUAGGCUUAGGCAGAUGGGUGCUCUGGAACCAUAUAUAGGCGGUCAGUUUAUUAGGGAUGUCGUCCAGGGCACGCGGGACCAUGAUUCUGGGAAGAUUAUCAGGAGGAAUAUGAUUCAGCCUUAUUAGAGGGUUGGUUCUUCCUUGCAGGGUUGGAGGGAUCGUACAAGAGAGUGGUUGGGGCUGGUCGGCGUACGAAGUCA